AAGAGAAUGUUCACAAAAUACUGUUAGCCAAGCUUUACAAAAUAAUGUUAGCCAAGCUUUACAAAAUAAUGUUAGCCAAGCUUCACAAGUUUCAAUAAAUGGAGAUGAUAAUGGUGAAAGUUUACAAGAAAAUUUUUCUGAUAGUGAAAGUUUGUUCUCUGAUAAAAGUCAACAUAUCAAUGAUCUCAAAUACAAUUCUUCUAUGGCUUCAGAUACAUCUAGUAGCAGUGAUCAGUUGUUAGUUACAGAAGAAAUUGAAUUACAAACAGAAGAAGAAAAAAACUUCAACCAAAUUAUAGUAAAUAGUAGAAUCAAUUUUCAGCCACUACCUGGAGAGUAUGGCCUAUAUUUUAAAAAUUUCAUGGAAAUGUCAUUUUUCACUUGGGUUACCCAGCAUAUGAUUAUUUUGAGGCCUCAAAUGUACUUUGGGCCUGGUGUUGAAGCAGAAACGAAAGAAGAGUUCUGGCACGGUGACAUCUGGCAACAAUCACCCCUUUUUGGCUUAUCAUCCAUGGACAAUGAAAUAAGAAUAGGAAGAAUUAUAGCAAUAGACUCAACUUCCAGUGGAAUCAAAUUGAAAGUUCAAUUUCUUUAUUUUGGUUCUGAACUCCCAAAAAAUUUUUUAAGCUCAGCAAGAGCAGAAAGGUCACGAAAUGGAGAAUUAUGGUUAAGCGAAAUAAUUGCUGCUUUAGGUGUUGUAAUCUCUAACCUCUCUCAGGGCAAUGAUCUUGCGGAUACGAAAUGUCAUAUUAGUAAUCUAGGGUGUAGGAGUUGUCUGGUGCCUAAGGAACAAUUAAGUAAUCUUAAUUUUGAUGUUAAGCUUAAUUCCUGA